CUCUCUCUCUCUCUCUCUCUUUCUCUCUCUCUCUCAUGCACGUGAACAGUGAAUACUCCUACAAGCUUCAUAUCUCUCAGGACGCCCGUGUUCUCCUCUGAAUUUGGUCCUUGACGUCUGAUCAUGGAGCCCAACCCUCCUCCAUCGUACCCCAUGCAUGAAUGUCCUUAUCCUCCAGUACCAGUCACAGAUAAAAAGGAUGCGGCGUAUCCACCUCCUCCCACGUACAGCGCCACAAUGGCUCAGCCUGCACCUAUGGUAAUGCAGUCACAGCCAGCAGCAGUCCAGCCACGAAUAGCCAUCCAGACCCAACCUGCUGUAAUGGUGGUUAUGCAGUCAACUCUGGCGGAUGUUCCUGCUCCAGCAAAGUGCAAUUUCUGCCAACAGCAAAUCGUCACUGUGACCAAACCCAAAAACGGGCUCCUGGUCUGGGCUAUUUUUGGAGUCCUGUUAGUCAUUGGAUGUUGGCCGUGCUGUCUGAUUCCCUUCUGCGUGAAUUCCUGUAAAGAUGUCAUGCACACAUGCCCCAACUGCGGGAACGUUCUGCAUAUUUACAAACGCGUAUGAAAACCCAAAGAACCCAAAGAACAGGAACCAGCAACGCCGUUACUGUGGCAAAAAAAAGAGCCCAACAUCCCUGCUUUAUUCUGCUCUCCACAUUGUGAAUCUUACUUUCCUGAGAAGCAUGUAACGUCAUGACUUCAGGAUUAUAAGGUUCUAUCAUGGAUCUUGGUCGAGUUAAUCACAUCAACUCAGUGGUGCGAAAAUUAAAAAACAAUAACCAGAUCAGCUUGGUUUGAUCAUCCAGCCAAUCAUCAUCCAGAAUGAAUAUAAGAUUAAAGUUAGGCUGCCUUUCAGAUUUUUCAAGUGUAGGUCAGAAAAAGAAUUUUCUCGACACCUAAUUAUUUUUAUUUAUUGGACCGAAAGUUACUGAAUUCGAAUCACAGACUUCCAAUUUUAUUUGUUUUUUUUUAAAUAGAACAAUUAAUGAAUUUAAGGCCAUGUGGCCCAAAAUUCUCCACUAUUUUUUCCUGCUUCACCAUGACGCAAUACAAGAUACUACAUCAUUCAUCACAUCACAUGGUGGGCUUUCCCCGUUCACACAAGGCAUUGUGGGAUACAAAUUUGAAACAGGAGAGAAAAAUGGAGGACGUGAAUGUGCUAAUGAAAUGUCAAAGACCGACUACAGUAACGGAAAGUGAGAAUAAAAGGCGUUAUGUUAUAUAUGAAGAAAAGGAAAUGCAGGAAAUAUCAAACUAAUAAAUAUCGGCAGCCAGCGAGCACCUGGGUGUGAUCAACUGUUCGUUUAGCGACAGAAUGAUGGAACUGUCAGUGCACUGUCAAAAGUAAACCUGUAGAUGGCAGUAAUGCACACUGUGCACACGGACUUCCUCUGUCUGUUUGACUGCGCGAAGCGAGCGAUUUCAUGCACAUUAUUUGCUUUAAUGCCCUCAAAUUAAAUAACUUCCCAGCCACAGAAUGGCCUGAUAUUUUGUGAGAUAUUACAGAAAUAAACAUACAUCACAAUGACCACAUUUCAUAGGGAACUAAAUUUCUCUGAUUUUAUGAAAUCGAAAGGCCACCUCACUUUAAAGGAACCUUAAAUUUAGUUGUGUAUAUAAGUUACCUUUAAAGCCAGCCCUUAAAUUUCGUAGUAAAUUUAAGUACCUUUACAGAGCUUUUUAAAUUCAUUACAUAAAUACACUAGUAACUUUAAUACCCCUUUAUUGGUAUUCUUAAAAGUAGUCGUGACUUGAAAUACAUUUAAAUGUUAAAUUAAUAACUUUAACAAAGUGACAUCUUAAACAUUCUUUUUAACAGCAUUUCCUUAUCGUUAUCUUUACAAAGUCAUGCAAAAUCUCUUAAAGUUAUACGAUACGAAUCGUUAAAGUUAGAAUUACGGGUAAAUACACUGAAAUACACUGCUGCCCAAGGCAGGUCCCUUUGCUUUAAAAAAAAAAUAGUAGUCUCAGGUCCAGUGAGUGCAGUUUUAUGUGGAAAUGAGCUGUAGGUUUUACUGAGCAUCUUCCAGAGCCAGCCACAGUUCUUCUGGACACUUUGACUGUCACACUCACUUCUGCAUUUUGUAAACUUUUAGGAUACUUUAAGAACAUCUUAAAGCUGUUAAUUCAUCUAAUGAACGCAACAUAAGCUGCUUUAACCGAUCAAUAUCCACGUUCUACUGACCAAAGGACUGAGAAUGGUGUAAAUAUGUGGUGUCUGUAUUUCAGCAAUGGUAAAUCCACCUCUUUUCAGUGAGUCCCAGACGGCUUGUUUGCAGCUUCUCUCUAAACCAGACAAAGAGUUGCAUAAAAUUUUAUUCUUCCUUCUAAUAACCAAAAUACAAUCAAGGAAAACUAAUCACAUUUUCAUAGUUUCAUUUUCAAAUGGUUUUACAUGAUAUACUGUACAGUUCUUUCUGUUCAAAAGUCUUAGGCACAUGUAAAGAAACACUGUCAACCAAAAAUGGCUUAAAAAUUAUUAAAUGUUUCAACAUUAAAAAAAAAUACUAUAAACAGUAAUCCAUAAGCCAUAAUAAAUGAAACAAAGUCGAUAUUUGGUGUGAGGCGAGGCAGGUCCCGUCCGUCCAUCCGUUAUCUGUAGCCGCUUUAUCCUGUUCUACAGGGUCGCAGGCAAGCUGGAGCCUAUCCCAGCUGACUACAGGCGAAAGGCGGGGUACACCCUGGACAAGUCGCCAGGUCAUCACAGGGCUGACACAUAGACACAGACAACCAUUCACACUCACAUUCACACCUACGGUCAAUUUAGAGCCACCAGUUAACCUAACCUGCAUGUCUUUGGACUGUGGGGGAAACCGGAGCACCCGGAGGAAACCCACGCGGACACGGGGAGAACAUGCAAACUCCGCACAGAAAGGCCCUCGCCGGCCACUGGGCUCGAACCCAGAACCUUCUUGCUGUGAGGCGACAUUGCUAACCACUACACCACCGUGCCGCCCAAGGCAGGUCCCUUUGCUUUAAAAAAAAUAGUAGUCUCAGGUCCAGUGAGUGCAGUUUUAUGCGGAAAUGAGCUGUAGGUUUUACUGAGCAUCUUUCAAAACCAGCCACAGUUCUUCUGGACACUUUGACUGUCACACUCACUUCUGCAUUUUGCAGCAAAAAAAAUUCUAGUAGCCUUCAUUAUGUUUUCUUUUUUAAUCUGAAAAGUGCUCUCUUAUGGAAUAUGCUGCCCAGAUACAAACUGUUUUUUUUUUUUUCAGUAACAUUUAAUUUGGUGCUGGAAAAAAAACACCAAUGUUCGGAACUCUAAAAUGUUUUUGUUUUGUAAUGUUUUGACUUGAUAAUGUAGAAGUCAUAAAAUAGAAAUCUUUAACAAAGUUUGUAUGGGGGAAAAAACCAGGGAGCCAAAACUUUUGCACAACACUGUAUAUGUAUAAUUGUGUCCUAAUUUCUUAGGAAUGCAAAUUUGAAGUAAGGUUAACGAUAAGCAGGAAAUGAAAUGAAAAUUAAAGAUCAGUACUUUAGACUUUUGCUCACUGGAAUGUCCAAGAAUUGAGAUAGAACCUUAUAAUACGGUGUGUUUAUCUGUAACCUGUGUAUGUGUAAUACAUCAUGUAAUUGUUGGUGAAAUGUUUAAUGUUUAGAGUGACUGUGAACUGUUUGUUGGAUUAGGUCAGGUUGUUUACUGUCAGAAACUCUCUGUACCACUGAUUAGAAGUGUGGCGUUAAAGUCUGAAAGCAUCAGGACAUCAGGACUGUGGUGGAAAACAGCAGACUACGUUCCACGACAGAUUGCUCUACAUGUGUGCUGAAGUUUAAUCAUAUUCACACAGCCAUCUAUAAUGAUAUAAAUAUAAAAAAGACUUUGAUUUGCUUUGCUUUUUUUAAAUGUGCUUUAAAUUUUGCCAACCAAGGACGAAAUAAAAACUCUACUUGAAAAGAAA